GCAUAGGUGUGUAUUAUUAUUCCUAUUGUUAUCAUUACUGUUAUUGGUUUGGUUUGCCUUUCAGCAUUUCCGCAUUUCCCUUACAUAAAACUCUGUUUUGAAAAAAGGAAAAAACGAUCGUUCUUUAGCUACCAGAGCACACACCCACACAAACACACACCCACCCACACACACGUGUUUCUCACGGGAACGUUCUUUCAGUUCGCUGCAGCACGGGCCCCUAUAUCCUUCGCUUUCUGUGUAGGUACGUGUUUGACCGUGAUACAGGCACUUUCCGCACUUCACCUCCCCGUAAACACUAUAUACGUAUCAACGUAUAUACCCCCCUCUCUUUUUUUUCCUGUAGUACAUCCCUUUGAGCCUCGUGGGGUUUUUCUUUUUGCCAAGAUGGGUCUUAUGCUGCCGAAGCCGAUCCUUAGCAAGGUCGUAGAUCGUGCAGGGAACAGCUACGUGAACGCUGCGUGCGCAUCUCAGAACGGCUUCCGUAACUCCAUGGAAGACGCGCACAUGCUAGUCGCCACCGAGGACAGUAACGUCGCCUACUUUGGCAUCUUUGACGGUCAUAGCAAUGCGGACUGUAGCGCGUACGUGGCGAAGGAGUUGCCGGGGCGCCUGAAGAAGCUGCCGGAGCCGAUCACGGCAGAGAUGCUAGAGCAGGUGUGCAUAGACGUGGACGAGGCGUACAUGAAGGCCAACGUAGAGGGCGGCUCCACCGGCACCUUCUGCCUCAUCCGCAAAGACCUCAACGUCACCAUCGCGAACGUGGGCGACUCGCGCAUUCUCAUCUGUCGCGGCGGCAAGCUCGUCUUCGCCACCGAGGACCACAAGCCCUUCAACAAACAGGAGACGGACCGCAUUGUUAGCUGCGGGGGUAGCGUCGUGAGUAACCGCGUCGACGGCGACCUGGCAGUGUCCCGCGCCUUCGGCGACGCCUCCUUCAAGGUCAAGGGCACGAAGAACCACCGCAAUCAGAAGGUGAUCGCAGUGCCGGACGUGUCCUUUGUGCAGUGCCAGCCGGGCGACUUUAUCAUCCUCGCCUGCGACGGCGUCUUUGAGGGCAGCUUCUCGAACGAGGACGUCUGCCAGUUUGUGUGGGAGCAGCAGCAGAACUGCUGGGACGACCUGGCCGUCGUGGCGUGCCGUGUGUGCGACGAGGCGAUCCGCUGCGGCAGCAAAGACAACAUCUCCUGCAUGGUCGUCCAGCUCGGCGAGGGCGCGUCGAAGGUGAAGGCGUUCGGGGCACGCAGCUUUGUGCCCGGUCCGCCGUUCCCGCGCAACCAGCAGCCCUGCCGCACGGCGUACGGGCAGAUGGCCGAACUGGGUCACACGACCACCGCCGCUGCCCUGCAGACCCGCUACCAGCUGCUGCAGGCCUUCUCGAAGAACAAGCUGAACGAUCAGCCGCCGGUGAUGCGGACGGCCUUCGAGAUGAGCGACGAGGUUGACGUAGAGACGGAGUGGUCCUUCUUUGGCAAAGGUCCUGCGCCGGGCAACGAGAAGAACUUCUUCGAGGCCUUGGCGAACGCAGGUGGCAAUUCGUGA